UGGCUUCAAGGCUGUUAUUGUUGUUGCUAAAAGGUUAGUGGAACAGCUGGUUGCUCUCUGGCCCGAGCUGUUAAGAUGGAAGAGGGGCAGUCCCACCCUGGCGUGGCUUUCCUAAAUGUGGCUUCAAGCUACGUGCCCCACACCAAGGUGGAGUGUUACUACAGCCUGCCGCCUGGCCUGAAGCCUUCAAGCAGAGAUUGGAUUGGAAUCUUUAAGGUGGAAGCCUCUUCAGUGCGGGAUUAUUAUACCUUUGUGUGGUGCACAGUGCCAGAUGGCGGAGCUUCUGCAGGAGACCUUCACUGUAGCGUGCAGUUCCAAGCCAGCUACUUGCCUAAGCCAGGCUCCCAACAAUACCACUUCCGCUACGUGGAUCGCCAUGGGGAGGUCCGUGGUCAAAGUUCCCUUUUCCAGUUCAGCGAGCCACGGCCCAUGGAUGAGCUUGUCACCCUGGAGGAGGCUAGCGAUGACAGCGGGGAUGCUGACAUGCUGCUGGUGGUUCCCAAGGCCACCCUGCUAGAGUCUCAGCUGGAGGAGAGCCGUCAGGAGCAAAGGGCCCUGUUGCGGGAGUCGUGCUGCCUGAAGGAUGAGGUUCAAGAGCUACGAAGCCGUGUGGCUGAGCUAGAAGCGGUGCUGGGUUCCCUGCGCGAUGAGCAUUCAAAGCUGGCUGUGCAGUACAAGGAAUUGUCAGGUUGUUUAGCAGAAGUGUCCAAGCAAAAAGAGACGCUAAGCCUUCAAGAAGCUGUGCACUUGGCCCGAAUCCAGGAAUUGGAAGGUGAUAUCCAAGCCAUGGGUGAGAAGAUGUUGGAGAGAGAAACAGAACUAGACAGGGUGAAGGACACGGUCAGGUCUCUGCUGCGGGAACAGGAGCAAAUUCACCAUCAGCUCAAAGAGGAGAAUGCAGAGAAAGAGCAAUAUCAGGUCAAGCUGCAGGCCUCGGAGGAGGAGAGCCGCAGCCUGGCCUCUGACCUGCAGGAAGCCAAGACCCUUCAUGUCGAGAGGGUCUCGCAGACUCUGGUGAUGCAGGAGGACAUUAACAAGUUGCAGCAGAAGCUGGCAGCUGCUAAUCGCCGCACUGCGCAGAUGGAGUCCUUGUGCGAACAGCUGCGCUCCACGCAGGACGUUCUGGCUGCCAGCCAGCAGAAGGUGGCCCUCUUAGGGGAAGAGUUGGCCAGCGUGGCCUCCAUCCGGGACCGCACCAUCUCCGAUCUGCACAAGAGCCGCCUCGAAUCGGCCGAGACCAACAUCAAACUUGCUGACAUGACCCUCAAGUGGAAAGAGGGCAAAGGCCAGUGGUGGAAGGAGAAGGCCGCCCUGCAGCAGAACGUGGAGGCAGAGAAGGACAAGAUCCUGAAGCUGAGCGCCGAGGUGCUGCGCCUGGAGAAGAGCUUGCAAGAAGAGCGGACACAGCACCAGGGGCUGCGGGCCGAGUUGGCACAAGAGCGUGACUCCAGCCUGGUGCAAGUCUCCGAGAGCCGCCGAGAGCUACGGGAGUUGCGGGCUGCGCUGCAGGUGGCCCAGAAGGAGAAGGAGCAGUUGCAGGCCGAAAAGCAGGAGCUGCUGGUGUACGUACGGCGCCUUGAAGAACGUCUGGAGAAGGUAGCUGACGAGAAAUGGAGUGAAUCCGUUCUGGUGGAUGAAGAAGACGCGGCACUAGAUGCUCCUGGCUCCCUGGACUCCCCGCUGUCUGACUCCGAGGACGAAAGCCCUGAGGACAUGCGCCUGCCGGCCCCCUACAGCCUGUGUGACAACCGGGCAACUACCACCACCCCGCCUUGUGCCCGUGGCCCUGCUCACGCCGUGGUGAUCAGCCAGCCUGCGCCCAUUGCCAGCCAGAUCAAACAAGCAGCCGAAGAUUCCAGUUCAGACUCGGAGGCAGAGGAUGCGAAGGCCGUCCUGAUGGCAGCUGCACAGAGUGGCGGAGAAGAAACCAGUCUGCUCCUUCCGGAACUGAGCAGCGGCUUCUAUGAAGUGGCCCGUGGGCUGACAGGGCGGCAAAUGUCGGAACCAGGGUCCUGCGGGAUGGGAGCAUCUCCCUUGGACCUGCCCUCGCCAGCGUUUUGGAAGGAGUGUCCCAUCUGCCACGAGCGCUUCCCACCUGAGAGUGACAAGGAAACCAUGGAUACGCAUGUUGAUGGGCACUUCUUUUUCAGCACCCACGACCCCUUCACUUUUGAGUGAACCCUCUGCACCACCCGUCCCCCCUCCAACCACCACCACUGUGCCCCCUCAGUUUCCCCUCUCCCCCUUCAGUGGGAUCCAGGCUGGGUACCUUCCUUCCCUUCCCUAGAGAGCUUGCUAAGAUGAAUGCAUUGCCCUAGCAGAGUGGCUUCACCUGCUAGGUGGCCCCAGCGGGUGCCAUCUUCCUGGGUCCCUCCACAAGGCAGCGCAGUCAGAGCCAACUUGCAUUGGGAGGAACAAAGUAAAUUAGCCGUGUAGUUAACCAGGAGUGGGGGGACCUUUGGCUCUCCAGAUGUUAUGAGACUAGAACUUCCAUUGCCCUAGAUCAUUAUCCAUCCUGGCUGGGGCUAACGGUGGUUGGAGUCCAACAACAUCUGGAAGGCCUCAGGUUCCCCACACUUGCGGUUAUCCAAAACUGAGCCUUGGUGGAUGAGAGUUUAGAAAUUAAAUCAAAUACUUCCUUUAACCUCUCCCACAGGUGAAAGGACCCGGUCAAACAUGACCAGUUAUUCUGUGAUGUCAGGCGAGUUUGAAAAGAGAGUCAGUGACCCUUGUCAAACCCAAAGGGCUCUUGACACUCGUCCUGCUUCUCCCAGCGUAAGUGAUGCUGUGAAUGAAAGCGGGACAGGCAAAUAGCUGCUGUUGGAUCUCACCUUUCAGUGGAGAAGCGCCAAAACCCCAGCAAGGGUGUGUGACGGAAAUACCCUGUGAUUCCUUGUUUGUGCAGAUAGGUCUGGGGUUUGGUUUUGUUUGAUUUUAUUUAAUCACGGGAUAGUAACUUAAAAUGAUAAACGUGCCCUCACAUGUCUGUGACAAGCCCAAUCAUAGGAACACUCAUUCUAAUGGUCCAGACCAGCCUUCCCCAACCUGGUGCCCUACAGUAGAUAGACACGCAUAGGAUGGUGUUGAGAGCUGCGUGGAUGAGAAUCCGAAUCUCGGACCUGUGUUUCAAAGUUUGGAAAAUUCACCCUUGAAACACCCCACCCCCUUCCCCAGUGUUCAGUACAAAAGCGGUUGUGAGAGUAUUAAGGGUUAAGUAAUAGGAAAUUAUCUUGAGUAUGUGCCCUAGAGGGUCUGUGGCCUGGACAGAGAUCCAUAAAGCUUUUCAGCCCUUGGUGUGCACACACAGACUGUGUACACAAAAGUAUCCCCGAUUUGGUCACAGACCUUAAGUCCCUUGAUGCUAAUAUGGAAAGAUUGAUGUAUCUUUUGCUGGGCUGUACAAUAUCAGGCUGACCAGCUCCUCGCAAAGAAUACUUUCCUGCACAUACAGAACUGGCAUGUAAGGAAGAGGAUUUGAAGUUUGCAUUUUCUCAGUUUAGGGAGUAUUCCCACCACCACCACCACCACCAUCCCUGCAGUCUGAAAUGGCACAACCCAGCACCAGAUGCCUCUGGUGGGGCUUCUGUUCAUCUAAGUUUUAAAUUCUGAGUGUGUGAGCCGAAAGCAGAACAGAUGGGUGCAAAUGAAUAGAUGUGGGUAUUUAUUGUUUUAGCUAUAGGCCCUUACUCCAGCGAAACCUCAAAGAUUUUAUUGCUUGCAUUUAUAUAUUAUAUGGCAUUGUGUGCUGUUGUUGUUGUUUUUAAUAACUAAAGCAACCAGACUAGCAGAUACGUAAAUUAGAAUAAAGCAGAGGAGAGAUUUCAAUAAAACCACUUCUUCCAUGUCUCCCCACCACCAGGGAACAAAAUUACACAAAUUUGCCAGCAAGGGUUUUUUUUCCCCUCCCCUUAAACAUGAUCAAUAUCUUUCCUAAAUGUAGCUGUUUCCUUUGCAUAAAUAGUGGGAAGCCGGUGUAAUUUAUUCCAUAAUAAUAUUCCAAAACGUUGCAAUGAUAUCAUUUAAAGUUUUGGAAAAACCAAGAAAACUAGAGGAGUGUGCAGUGAAAGGAAUAAAAAGACAUGUGGAAGGUCAUUCAUAUAGGAGAUGUUUUAGAUAAGGGCUGAAUCCAGGUGCUGUGGAUCAGGAUAGUAUUCUGCAUCCCCUGCCCCAGAAUAAAUUCGGCAAAUUGUGUCAAUUUGCAUAAGCAAUGAAAGAAUUCUGUUUCCAAAAUAAAACAAUAGCAAUGUGUAAAUAUUGGAAGAAAUAGCCAGAUUGGCCAGAGAGUCCUGUAGCAGGUUAAAUACUAAUUUACUAAUAGUCCCAUCAUAAGGUUUAGAAACAUGGGUGGCAUUUUGGGUCAUGCUGAUGAUGUUAAAAGGAAGCUGCAGAAUUUUGAGCUGGGAACUCACAUUUGCAGAAUACACACAGGCAUGUUUUUAGUUUAGAGAUAAUCUCCCAUUGCCUAAGUGCUCUUGAUCAGGGCUCUGUGCAUUUGUGAGCACCUCCCAAAUGCCCACAUUCUGGUUUCUUCUGGUACUUCAUUUAGACCACACGGCUUAAAAGGUACCUGUUGUUCUCUGGGGUCUUGUCAAGGGAGCAGAAUAAAUUAAGCAGUUUAUGUAAAUUUGCAUAACAUUGAAAUCUGCUUCCAAAAUAAAGGGCAGCAAAGUAUCGCUUUCAGAAGAGAAGCCAGACUGGACUACCAUGAGAACAAAAGUGUGUAUCCCAUGGCACUUUGAUGACUAAUUUACCGUAGCAUGAGUUUUCAUAGGAAAGAGCCCACUCCAGCAGAAAUGUCACCAAACCGAUAUAGGAUCUUUUUGAAAAGUCGAAAAAGGCCAAGAGAAUGAAGUCAGAUGAUAUUUUGGGGUGGGGGGCACAGUGUUGGCCAGUAUUAACGACAGGUGAAAGACGAGUUACGGAGGGUGCGCUGACCCCCUCCCCCAAUUGUGGUGGGGCCCCAUCCCUCUGAACAAAAGCAACCGUUGCCAGGCUCAAAGAGAGUCUUCCACCCAUCUUGUAAGGGCUAGAACGACAGGGAGCAUUUUGGUUUUGCGUUGUUCUGAUUGUUGUUUUUAACAAAGGAAUUUGUAGUUCCGACAGUACAUGAUUUCGAGCUGGGAACUGCUGAUGUGUAGAACGCACGGGAACGCUGCUGUGAUGAUUUGCAUGGUAUGGUCCCAAUUCUAAUACGGAAGAAACCCAGUUCAGUCGCUUGGCAUAUUUGGGCCAGCAGCAACAGGCAGGUCAUGACUCUGAACGUCAUGGGCACACUGGCCAGUCUGCGCAGGCCUGAUACACACAGGCAUGUGUGUGGCCUCUCCUUGGUACUCUGCACCCACCAAAUAUCCACCUCUAGUACUGUUAGGUGUGUUAUCAGCGCGGCGGGGAGCAGCCAGAAGUUGGGUUGGCUCCUUGCACCUCAUUUCUGAUUUAACGGUUGUUCUAUAGUUCCUCCUGCCUCACAUGAAACAGGAGCCUAAUUGCAAUGGAUGCAAACCUCAGAGUGUGUUUGCAUAUCCAGUUGCAGCGAUAGUCAACGUUAGGGCUGGGGAGCCCAUUCCUGGUUAUGUUUUCCUCUCCCAGCCUGGUUCCCAUUGUUGGACAAUUGCCUGGCAGCCAAUCUACAUGUGCGGCAUAAUCUCGUGCGGUGGUGCUGGACUGUUCCAUUGUAAACUACAGGCAGGGGAUCCCAUGUUCAAAUGGUUCCCCCGUGAACAAAACUCCCUGCGUACACACACACAGGCACAUAGAUGACUAGCAGCAUGGCAGGGGGAAGGGUUCUAUGCCAACCUUCCCUCUGACGCACUAGUUUCUGUGUGUGUGGAGUUUGGGGGAAGCCUUUGAACUUCUGAUGGGCCACCUGCAGUGUGACGUGGCCCAGCCUGGGACAAGCUGCCUUGACGUGGUUCUGCUGCACGGGUAAAUGGGCUCCGAGGUUUGUAAGAGGCAAGAGCCCACGAUGACUGAUCACGUGACGACUGGCGAUCGCAGAUUGACACUUUUGAAUGAUUCAGCGAUAACUGCAAGGACGGAGGGGGCAAAUGAGACGGUGGCCCUUUACCAGCCAUAGUUCCUUAAGUAGACUUGGUUCUUCCCCCCACCCCACCCCCUGCCCUCCUGACCUGUUUUGUAGUUGUUUUAAAGUAGGCCUUUCUCAGUGCUAUCCUGCAUCUAUUGCCACCUCCUCUGCUUGCUACCUAGUGACUGCUGCCGCUUGCGUCUCCCUUUGACUGCAUUGCACCUCCUGCGGGGUCCCCGUUGCGUUUGGCUUAUUACGUUGCCUCCGUUUUUGUUCUCCCGCUCGCUGUACAUAUCCCCGCUGUUUAUUGAGCUUCGGCCCUGCUUUCCACUAACCCUUUGGUUGCAACUUGUUAUUUUUGCUGCUUCUUGGCAUCUUUGCCAGGCCCUGAGAUAAGAAUGCAAGGCCCACCUUCAGCUACCGCGAGCAAGAGAGAGAGAGAGAGAGAGAGAUGGCUCUCUAGCGACUGUGCCUUUUGGAGGGGCUGUAAUGCCUCUGCUCACUUGCGUGGGGAACCUUUUCAGUGUGUGCCGCAUUUCUGGUCGUGAGUUCUCACCUGUUUCUCUAUGCCCUCCCUCUCCCUCCCCUAAACCCUUCUUUUUUAUGGAAUCCAAUAGUCAAUGGCAAAAGCUCAAAGCAAUAAUCCCCCCGCCCUGCUCCCUGAUCUUGACACGCCCCCAAGUCUAUGUAUAGGGUGUACAUAUAUAUAUUUAUAUUUAUAUUUAUAUGACAUGUUGCAGCUAUUCUAAUAAAAUGCAGUCUUUCUGCAACAA